CUGUGGGUAAUGGCGCUGUACAUGUGGGACUGGUUCGCCAAUGCCUGUACUAACGUCAAAAUGGACUUUUUAAAGUUCUUUUUGAUUAUUUUGGUAUAUAAACUCUAUGUUCAGUGCGAGAGACACCGUCUCCAGUUUGUUUACACCGUCCUCACCAAACCUGAUGGGUUCUCCGGUCCUGUGUUCAGUGCAGUGGGUCUGUAUGACGACAGACGGAUCUCUCACUACAGUAAUGAAGAACAAACCUGGAAAAGAGACUGUUCAGAUGCAGAAAUCUGGAGAUAUACCGAAGAACCUCAAGAUUCUAGAGACUGGUUUAUAAAUCUGGUUAACACUCUGACAAACUGCACAAGCUCCAGAUGUGAUGGCCUCCAUACUCUACAGAGAAGAAUCGGCUGUGAGGUGGAAAAACAUCCAGAUGGAUCAGUGAUGAAUGUGAAUGUAUUUGAUGAGUAUGGACAUGAUGGAGAGGACUUUAUUGUCUUCAAUACUGACACAAUGCAAUGGAAGGAUAAAAGUCCAAAGGCUAAAGAAACCAAAAUGAAAUUGGACACUUACAGAUUUCGCAAUCAGUAUCUCCAGUCAUACCUCAACAACUGCACGGACUGGAUCUUCACAUUUAAUGCUUUGAUAAUCACUCCUCCAGCUCUUUACAUGUUUGCAUCUGAAGUUCCUCAUGACCAAAGCAAGCUGAUUCUGACCUGUCUGGCCACUGGUUUCCACCCCAAACACAUAGAGAUGAACGUCACACAAAACAACAUCACACUCCAACCAUUCAGCUCUACUGGAGUCAGACCCAACAAUAACCAGACCUUUCAGAUGAGAACCAGUGUGGAGAUAAACAGAGAUGAGAAACAGAGUUAUGAGUGUCACGUCCUUCACAGCAGUCAGAUAUGUACAACGUUAUGGGAAGGAAAUCUGGAAUCUAGAAGUCAUCAUUGGGCAGCAGUAGCUGCAGGUGCCUUUGCAGUUGCGGUUCUAUACAUCAUGUCUUUAAUCUACAAAAACAGAAGGUUAAAUGGCUAGAUGAACUAUAAUGGUUCCACCACAGAACAUCGUUAGAACAUCAUCUCUGGGUCAGCAGAUCUUCUGACUGCAAGUGAUUCACAUGAGAGCAGUGAAUCAGUGGAUCUCCACUUGGUAUUCAUGUUUUUAAGUGAGAAGCAAGAUCUUGGAUGUGUCGUCUAUGAUAUCAUGACUGUUUUAAUGACACUAUCAAGUACAGUGGGGCAAAAAAGUAUUUAGUCAGCCACCAAUUGUGUAAGUUCUUCCACUUAAAAAGAUGAGAGAGGCCUGUAAUUUUCAUCAUAGGUAUACCUCAACUAUGAGAGACAAAAUGAGAAGAGAAAAAAAAAAAAAAAUCCAGAAAAUCACAUUGUCUGAUUUUUAAAGAAUUUAUUUGCAAAUUAUGGUGGAAAAUAAGUAUUUGGUCAAUAACAAAAAUUCAUCUCAGUACUUUGUUAUAUACCCUUUGUUGGCAAUGACAGAGGUCAAACGUUUUCUGUAAGUCUUCACAAGGUUUUUACACACUGUUGCUGGUAUUUUGGCCCAUUCCUCCAUGCAGAUCUCCUCUAGAGCAGUGAUAUUUUGGGGCUGUCGCUGGGCAACACAGACUUUCAGCUGCCUCCAAAGAUUUUCUAUGGGGUUGAGAUCUGGAGACUGUCUAGGCCACUCCAGGACCUUGAAAUGCUUCUUACGAAGCCACUCCUUCGUUAACCGGGCGGCGUGUUUGGGAUCAUUGUCAUGCUGAAAGACCCAGCCACGUUUCAUCUUCAAUGCCCUUGCUGAUGGAAGGAGGUUUUCACUCAAAAUCUGACGAUACAUGGCCCCAUUCAUUCUUUCCUUUACACGGAUCAGUCGUCCUGGUCCCUUUGCAGAAAAACAGCCCCAAAGCAUGAUGUUUCCACCCCCAUGCUUCACAGUAGGUAUGGUGUUCUUUGGAUGCAACUCAGCAUUCUUUCUCCUCCAAACAUGACGAGUAGAGUUUUUACCAAAAAGUUCUAUUUUGGUUUCAUCUGACCAUAUGACAUUCUACAUUCAAUCCUCUUCUGGAUCAAUUUUAAAGCUGUUUUGGCUGAACAGGUACGCCUGUACAAACAUCUCCAUCAAUGCGUGAUCAAAGAAAUAGUCAGACGGCAAAUAACUCUUAGAGAGAAAUCACGACCAGCGUUGGAAAGGACGAAAACUUUUGCAAGAAAGUUUGUGAAACUGUACAUUUUAACACUAUUGUGUUGGUUUUACUGUUGAA